ACCCACCUCGCCGCGCCGGCCGAACCCUCACUCCAAAGCCAGAAAGGGAAAGCAACCGUGCCGAAGAACAGCGACGCCCCACGCGGGGCCACGCCUCGACCCCGACCCACACCCCGCUCCCUCGCGUGCCUGCGUGCGUGAGGACUCGUCCCGGUCCGCUUUGUUUGCUCCGGCGGCCUCCCUCCCGUCCGAGCCCAGAACCGCGACGAGGAGACCAACGCAGAAGCGCAGACGCGAGACGCGACCCCCCUCCCCGCCCCGCGGCGUUCCGGCCACUCCCAGGUUGUUGGUGCCUACUCGUUCUGAAUGGCAGACCUAACCGACAUAGGCUGCUGCAGUUGUUUUAGUUUUUUAAGGAAGCCCAGUGUGUCUGUACGUCGACCUCCGGACGCAGAUGCCAGGUUAUCCGAAGAUUUGCUGAAGCACCAAUCGACUGAAGAUCCUGAUGGAAGCUUCUACACUGGAAAUGAUCCUGAUGGGAGUUUUUACAAUGGGGGUGAUCUUGAUGGAAGCUUCUAUAAUGGGGAUGAUCCUGAUAGAAGCUUCUAUGGUAGAGAUGAUACUGAUUAUCUUAAUGGAAGUGAUGAUGGACCGCCGAGGAAGAGUUCUGAAGAUAUUAUACAGUCAAGAGCUCAAAAUGGCUUUGCAUGUAGAGAGAUCCCAGUUAAAGAGACUAGAAAAGUAUUUCGCUCAGAGGAUGAAAAUGGUAAUAAGAUGAUCAAUCAAUAUGUCCAUCUGGGAAAGAUUGGUUCUGGAAGCUAUGGUAAAGUGGUUCUAUACAGAAGCAUGAAAGAUGGGAAGCUAUAUGCAGUGAAGGUUUUGAAUAAGCCUUACAUGAUGAAAGUACGUGUCGUACGAUCAGAAACUGCCAUGACAGAUGUUCUUCGGGAGGUAUCCAUCAUGAAAAUGUUGAAUCAUCCCAAUAUUGUAAAUCUCGUUGAGGUGAUUGAUGACCCAAACAUAGAUAAAUUCUACAUGGUUCUUGAAUAUGUUGAAGGAAAAAUGGUCUGUGAUAAUGGUUUAGAAGAAGCUACCGCCAGAAAUUAUUUGCGAGACAUAAUAUCUGGUCUUAUGUAUCUUCACUCUCAUAACAUUAUUCAUGGUGAUAUCAAACCGGACAAUCUCUUGGUUACAAGUACUAGCAAUGUGAAGAUAGGAGAUUUCAGUGUUAGCCAGGUUUUUGAGGAUGAUGAUGAUAUGCUUUGGAGAUCUCCUGGUACUCCUGUUUUUACUGCACCGGAGUGCUGUCAAGGUUCAGCCUACCAUGGUAGGGCAUCUGAUACAUGGGCAGUUGGUGUAACUUUAUAUUGCAUGAUUUCUGGGCACUAUCCAUUUCUUGGAGAUACAUUGCAGGAAACUUAUGAUAAGAUUGUCAAUGAUCCUGUGCAAAUACCUGGUGACAUGAACCCCCAACUUGCUGAUUUGCUCCAAAGGCUUCUCUGCAAAGAUCCAGGUGAUCGAAUCACCUUGCAGGCUGCGGCUGAGCAUGCUUGGGUUGCUGCAGACAAGGGCCCAGUCCCUGAAUACAUUUGCAGAUGUGGGUUUGGCCGCAAGAAGAAGAAUGAUUUUCAGGAAGAAGUACAAUAACAAAGCAUCCCCAGAUGUUUGUGUAGAUAAAGUGUGGCAAAGCAAGCCAGUGAGAUGACUGAAAAUGGUUACCUAUUGUCUUCUGUUCCCCUUUGUUUUUCUUUCCAAUUGAGCUAUUAGGUGCUCAGAUGACCGUCCUUCUUCAAUUUUUGGUACAGAAUAGAGUGCAACCCCGUGCGAGCAAAACCAUUACCUGUUAAGUUUUUUCCCGUGUAGGAUCAACAUUGUUGCAACUUGGAAGCCAAGGUGCUUAGAUCGUGGCCUAACAUACAAAAAGAAAACAAUGUAGUAUAAACUCAGUAUAUUUGUUUCAUGGACUCGUGGUUGAAUGAUGGGUAUCGGCAACAAAAAAAUUGUCACGAACUUACCACAAUUGCA